GCUAUAUAGUGUGCAAAGGGGCAUUUUGUGUUGUGCCAUUGUCCUCUGCAAAAUCAUACACAAAUACGUUGCCUGGGUUAUCAAAAAUGAGUUGCAGAAAAUGGGAUAUGUUUACCUUACUGUUAUCAGAAGAUGAGGAUUCAACAAUCAGGAUGCUGGUGGUGGCUGUGCCUAUCUUUGUGUUUACAAUGUAUGCUACUAUGAGCAGCCCUCACGUUUGUGAAUACGGUUUUAUUACAGACUGCAUUGACUCACUGAGACCACCACCUCCUCCUCCUCCAUCUAAUUCCUCUUCAGAUACUGCACUUCAUCUUUAUAAUCAAACUGAAGUUUCCAAUGGCUCCAAACCUUUGUUCAUUUUGGCUAAUUAUCUGAAUGAAUCUGGUGAACCUCACCCACAAGAGGAGCAAAAAAUAAUGGUAAGCAACUUGGAUGAAACUGAGAAUGUUUUAGCACAAGCUCGAGCUGCAAUCACUGAAGCCAGAAAUGGGAAUCGAACAAAAGAUUCAGAUUAUGUUCCCACAGGUCCAAUGUAUUGGAAUGCUAAGGCAUUUCACAGGAGCUACCUAGAAAUGGAGAAACACUUCAAAGUAUUUGUGUAUGAAGAAGGGGACCCUCCAGUUUUGGACAGUGGACCAUCCAAAAGCAUAUACUCCAUGGGUAACUUCAUGCAUGCUAUUGAAGACAAUGACCAUUUUCGAACUAAAGAUCCAGAGAAAGCACAUGUGUUUUUUCUCCCUUUUACUGUAGAAAUGAUGGUUCCAUAUGAAAGAGUCUCAGGAGACUUCAGUCCCAUGAGAAAAAAUGUCCAAGAUUAUCUCAAUGGCAUUGCUGCAAGAUACCCUUAUUGGAAUCGAAGCCGUGGAGCUGAUCACUUCACGCUUACUUGCCAUGACUGGGGCUCAUCAUUAUCCUUACCUUAUCCGCACAACAACUCUAUUCGUGUACUUUGCAAUGCCAACACAUCUAAAGGAUUUAAGCCUGCAAAGGAUGUCUCAUUUCCCGAAAUUAGUCUCAAAAAUGGUUUCAUUGGUGGGCUAUCGGCAUCUAAACGUUCAAUUUUGGCUUUCUUUGCUGGGGGAGCUCAUGGACCCAUUAGAACAGAUCUUCUUGAGCAUUGGGAGAAUAAGGAUGAAGAUAUUCAGGUUCACAAGUAUCUCCAAAAGGGCAUCUCUUACUAUGAGAUGAUGAGAAAGAGCAAGUUUUGCCUUUGCCCUAAUGGGAAUGAGGUGGCUAGCCCUAGAGUGGUGGAGGCAAUUUACACAGGGUGUGUUCCUGUGCUCAUUUCGGAGAACUAUGUCCCUCCUUUCAGUGACGUUUUGAACUGGAAGUCAUUCUCAGUUGAGCUGUCAGUGAAGGACAUUCCUAACCUGAAGGACAUCUUGAUGAGUGUUACUCCAAAAGAAUAUAUAAGAAUGCAUAGAAGAUUAAAACAAAUGACAAGACACUUUCAAGUGCAUUCUCCACCCAAACGAUUCGAUGUGUUUCACAUGAUCCUUCAUUCUGUGUGGCUUAGGAGGCUCAACAUCAAAGUUCAUGAUGAUCUAAUCACGAGUCAUCGCAACUUGGCUAUUAUGUCCGAUGAAUUUAGUCGCUUGGCUAUUAUGUCGGAUGGACCUAGUAUAUGUCCGAUGAAUCUAGGUUAUGAGGCUUUCAAGCCAGAUUACACUGUCCUUGCUGCCAUUCUCAAGUCUUGUUGUGCCCUUUUGGCUCCCAAAUUGGGGACAUCUCUGCAUAGUUAUGUUGUUAAACAAGGUCAUGUUUUUUGCCAGGUUACCAAUCAAGGGUUGCUCAACAUGUAUAUCAAGUGUGGCAUGCUUGAUGACUGCCUCAGGCUGUUUGAUGAACUCAAUCACUGUGAUCCUGUUACUUGGAAUAUUGUUUUGUCUGGGUUUUCAGGGUCAAACAAAUGUGAUUCUGAUGUGAUGAGAGUGUUUAAGAUGAUGCAUUCCAGUGGAGAGGCUAUGCCGAAUUCAAUUUCCGUUGCUACUGUGCUUCCUGUUCGUGCUCGUUUAGGGGACCUGGAUGCUGGACUGUGUGUGCAUGGUUAUGUUUUCAAGUCUGGUUUUCAACAAGACACCCUUGGUGGAAAUGCUCUCGUGUCAAUGUAUGCAAAGUGUGGGGUGGUGUCUCGUGAUGCAUAUGCUGUCUUUGAAGAUAUUGUUCACAAAGAUGUUGUUUCGUGGAGUGCAAUGAUUGCGGGCUUAUUUGAGAAUGGAUUAGUGGAGGAUGCAUUCUUGUUGUUCAGUUCAUUGGUGAAAGGGCCUACAAAGUCAAAUUAUGCGACUGUUGCAAAUAUUCUGCCUGUUUGUGCUUCCUAUGAUAAGAGUGUUGCAUACCGGUGUGGCAGGCAGAUCCACUCUUAA